AUGAAAUACCUUGCGCAUUAUGGACCAUCUCUGUGCGUGAAAUUUCACGGGAAUUUGGUGUACGCCGCAAGCGGACCGUUUUUACAUUCCUACGACUAUCAUACAGGUGAAUUGAAAAGCAGAUGUAGGAUCUUUCACAGAAAUAAAAUCCAUGGGAUAUGUAUCGGGAAGGAUGGAGCUUUGUUGCUUUAUGGCGCUAACUCUCUUUCACUUGUCGACUUGCAGGCUGUGAACGAGAGGACCUGUUUACUAGAGCAUGAAAAAACUGUUAAUGGUUGGGUAAUCAGUGGUGAAUUCAGUUAUUCAGGCGACCAGGUCUAUUUGCUGACGUCGUACAACAAGGUUAUUGUCUGCGAUAAGGUUGGACGUCCGGUGACGAGUAAAAGCCUUUGCGAAGAGAAAUCCAUUCUGUACUCUGGCUCAAUCACGGUUCACUCACAAGACAAGGUAUAUGUUAACGCCGGGACUGUCAUGGGAGGCAUUCUACUUUGGGAUCUGUAUGCGGAGGAAAUGGUACACAACCUAAAGGGUCACGAAGGGUCUAUCUUCUUUGUAACCGAGAGCGCGGACGGCCGCUAUGUGGCUAGCUGCUCCGACGAUAGAUCUAUAAGAUUGUGGGAUCUCAAAACUGGGGAAUUGUUAUCCGUAGGAUGGGGACAUACCGCAAGGAUCUGGAAUUUGAAGUUCUUCGAUAACGGUAACAGGAUUGUCAGCGUUUCUGAGGAUUGUACCUGUAGAAUCUGGGAAAUCCGUCAACAAAGAGACAGCAUCGAUUUGAUACAGCAAAAUGUCUAUGAAGUUCAUUUGACGAAGAACAUUUGGGGAGUCGAUGUUGACAGAAGCGGUAAAAAGGUUGUCACUGCAGGUAAUGACGGCAGAAUCAAAGUCACCGACCUGGGAGGCCAAUCAGGAACUGAAGAGGAACAGAAAUGCUAUACUAUUGAAGAAAUUUCUGGCUGCACUAAUGUGCCUAUGCAAAAAGGUGAGAUAAUCAAAGGCUUUGAAUGGUUUGACUUUGGUCUUGUGGCCAUAACUUCGACUGGCAAAAUCUUCCUGCUGAGCUCCACCAAGGAUAGUUGGAUAUAUUUAACCGAAAACGACAAAUUCAGCUCUUACAGUACCACUCAUGGCGUUUCGAAUGAGAAUGUUAUUGUCUUUGCAAACAACAAGAGCGAUCUCCUUCUUCUCAAAUUUAGCAACGAUGGUGAGCGGAUAGUGGCAAAAACGGAGUACCACUGUUCAACUCUCUCCAAAACCACUAACUGUUUGAUUCGAAAGGACUCGACAUCGGCACUGCUAGCUCUUUUGGAGUCUCCCAAUCCUCGCGAUCAUUUGGUUUGCUUGAAAUUUAGUCCUUCCACAUUGACGCAUCUUGACAGCUACCAUUUUACCAAGCCAGCAAACUUUGUAUCCACCUGCAUGGAAGUGUAUCAGAAUUUCAUGCUGAUCGGUUCGAGAUUCAGCACUUUAGCCAUAUUCGAUUUAAUGUCAACAGGUACUCUUCCGUAUGUGAUACGAAAUGUGAACCCUGGCGAUACCACGACGUCAAUUAAGCAUGUCGAAGAUCAGGGAAGCUCAAGUCUAUUCUCUGUCACGAACAGAGACGGUUACUAUGAUAUCAUCAAGGUUAAUCUAACUGAAGAUCCAUCGCACAAGAUAAUUCAUUCUAACAAGAUAGUUCGGGGAUUUCUAGAAGGGGCGGAUUUCAAUGACCGAGGGGACUUCAUUACUUAUGGAUUCAAGUCGAGCUUGUUCUAUGUUUAUAAUGAAACUGCUUGCUUUGAGGUGUUCAGUCACAUUUGCGGUGGCGCUCAUCGCCAGUGGAAGCUUUGCCACGAUUCGAAGACUUACGUUUUGGUUUACAUUAAGGCCUCGGACAUCUACAUCAAACGGUUCAAGAAAGCUGCAGCUCCAGAAGCCCUUUUCGCAGGAAUUCAUGGAAGAGAAAUAAGAGAUAUAGCAGUUCAGAAGCAUAGGAAGUUUAACGAUGGAUUUCUGUUCUGUACGGCUUCGGAAGACACCACCAUGAAGUUGAUGCAUGUUGACCCGAAAAGUGGCCGCUUAACGAACUACUGGACUCAAAGAAAACACGUCUCGGGCCUGCAACGUUGCCAAUUUAUAAAUGAGACGCUAAUGAUAUCGUGCUCUGCCAGGGAGGAGUUAUUUUUAUGGGAGGUUGAUGCGCAGACGGGCGGUCGUCGUCCUUAUAUGACUUUGAGACAAACCUUGCCGACCUCCAGCGGCAACCCAGAUCUACGGAUAAUGGACUUUGAUGUGAAAUUUGACAGCAAAGGCGAGAAUUUCGUAAUGGCUACAGUAUACUCAGACUCAGCAAUCAAACUGUGGUUUUAUGACCGGAAGGAAAGUUCGUUUUCGCUGAUUCUUCGGGGACAUUACAAGACUUGCUGCCUCCUCAAUGUAUUGUUGGAGGUUUUGCGCGAUCAAUUGUGCCUGAUCGCCUCAGCAACUGAUGGUCACUUGGUAUACUACAACAUAUCAAAACGGAUUUCUUUCAAAAUCAAUGUGGAUGACGACAGGUUGACCUUCGGUGAUCUUAAAUCGUGCAAAUCACACUUACCGGAUUAUGAUUGCAGGCUGCGGGUACAUCAAUCAGGAAUCAAAACCGUCGAUUCUGUGGUGAGAACUAACGGAGAUCUUGUGAUAUACACCGGAGGCGAUGAUAACGGGCUCGGAAUCACUCUUGCCAGUUUCAAUGAAUCUACCGCUAAAAUCUGCGCCCGUGUCGCAGACUUUCAGGAGAAAGCAGCUGCAUCUACGAUCACAUCAUGCAAUUUGAUCGACAACGCAACGAAACUCCUCGCAACGUCUGUUGAUCAAACGCUGCGGUUAUGGGAUGUGAGUGAAGAGAAACUGGUUCUAGUCGACAGCUCGUACACAACAAUCGCCGAUACAGGAUCGUCUGACUGCGUCGCCAUCGACAAAUCAGCUCAGCUCGCCCUCAUAGGCGGUGUGGGGCUAUCGGUUGUUCAGAUGAGCUGA